AUGCACAGACUCCCACGGCCUGCGCAUUUACCAAAAGAAGUCCCUAAGGAUGUUAUCGUAAGAUUCCAUUACUUUGCUCAUAAGGAAACUUUGCUGGCAGCGGCGAGGAAAGCCCCAACACUCCCAGAACCUCAUCAACGGAUUGCACUCUUUGCAGAUUUAUCAGCAGCUACGAUGGAAAAACGAAGAGGUUUCAUCACAGUAACUAAAACUUUACGGAACAACAACGUGACUUAUAAAUGGGGUUACCCAACCAAAUUAAUCAUCUGGCGACAAGGCCGCAACCACAUAGCGACUGACCCGACAGAGGGUAUGAAGUUGAUCUCAGCAUGGGGACUAUGGACUGGUAAUCCUCAACACCAAAGCAAAGCUCCGGAUAAUGCAUCCCCGAGGAAACUUCAAGCAGACUGGCAAAUGGCGAAAUCACCAGCCAACACUCCAUGA